GUUUGCUAACUACCUAUUUAUUCCCAACGUCCAUCGCUGAUCAAGCCAUACAUCCAUCCACAGAAUCCACCAUCUAGAUAUAAAGCAUCUAAUACCUAAUAAUGUCAGACUCCAUCCCCUCUGCAACCGCCGACCCCGAGCAGGAACAACUCCCCGCCAACGCCGAAGACCGCAAAGCAGCCGCCGCCCUCUCCGCCCUCAACACUAAUGGCAUCGGUGCGGAAACCGGUCCCAAGCCGCCAUCUGCAGCAGAUCAGGAGGCACUAGACAAGGCGAUGAGUCGGUUGGAGAUCGCGGCGGGGCAGGACGCGGGGAAGAAGCGGACGGCAUCGGAGACGGCGCAGGGGAAGGAGGGUGAGGUGGUUAGGAAGAAGGCCGUUAGGGUUGCGGCAGAUGAUGUGGCGCUUUUGGUGGAUCAGUUGGAUUUGAAUAAGAUCAGGGCGACGGAGUUGUUGAAGGCUCAUGAUGGGGAUGCGAGGGAGGCUAUCAAGGCGUUUAUUACUGCUGUUAAAGCUUUAUGAAGUCUGUUGAACGGACAUGAGGAGCUUCCAUGGAUGACUUUCAAAGUCUAUGGCCAGAGUUUGGGAGUAAUAACUAUCGUACUGUACUAAUGUCUCAUGAAGCACGAUGAAAUGAAUGAAACGCAAUUCUUUUCUCUAUAGCUGACUAUAUGCUAUACACAAUCAUAAUGCGUCUCUCAUAAAUAUUAAUGUCAUGUCAAGUCAAUGUAUGCCACCAAAGGGCUUAUCAAAAGGGAAUAUCACCCUAAUCCUCAUCUUCAGUCGGCUCUUUCUUCUUCUCAAUACCCUUGCCCUCGUAGAUAGUGUAGAGGAGCAACCAACCCAGCAUCGCCUCGAUAGCCAAUGCCCACCAGAUACCUCCUACCAUGUUAUUGUGCAGUCCCAACCCCAGACCCCAACCUCCAA